GGGGGAUAGACAGGCUACAAGUCACUAGACUUUAGAGAGAGUUACUGUUUGACACGCUGAGAUGGAACGCACCUGUCGUCUACUCUUGCUGUUGAGUACACUGGUAUACUGUCGCCUCGGACAAGGUGGAGCCUCUCUGAGUGUCAUUCCUGACAGAUCUCAGUUCUUUGAAUAUGAGUCUGUCUCUCUGAGCUGUGAGGUUCAGGGGAACUCGACUGGAUGGAGAGUGAUGAGGAACGCAGAGAGAGGAAACCUUUCAGAGUGUAGUACUGACUGGGGAAAACAACGGGGGUCUUCAUGCAACGUGUCACUAACACCAUCAGACAGUGGAGUGUACUGGUGUGAGUCUGGGUCUGGAGAACACAGCAAUGCUGUCAACAUCACAGUACAUGUUGGUGCUGUGAUCCUGGAAAGCCCUGCCCUUCCUGUGACUGAGGGAGAUUCUGUGACUCUGCGCUGCAGAUAUCAGGUAACUCCCUCUGACCUCACAGCUGUUUUCUACAAAGAUGGAUCCUUCAUCAGGGCUGAGUCUUCAGGAGAGAUGACCAUCCCUGCAGUAUCCAAGUCAGAUGAAGGACUCUACAAGUGUUCCAGCUCUAAAGGAGAAUCACCAGAGAGCUGGAUGACUGUGACAGGUCCAACUCCCAUUCCGUCUCCAGCAGUCCCAGUGUUGUCCAUGUCUCUACCCAGGCUGCUGUGUAGUCUACUGGUGGGGUCUCCUACCUGCUGGUGACCAUCAUACUGCUGGUGAAAGGCUGCAGGAGCAGGACUCAAGGUGAAACCAGGGUACCCAGGAAGACCCACCAAGACCAGUUAGGUGAUCGUGUUGAAGAAGAGUGAGGCUGAGAUCACCUGAUCACCAUAACAACCAUCAGAAUGGAACUCAUGGAAUUCUAAUAUAGAACUGUGAGUCACAAUGCUGUAUGUUGUUACAUUGUAGCUCCACCUGCUGGAACAAUAGUGGCAUUUGAUCUAAUGUGAUCUAUUAACUCAUACAUGUAUUAUUCUGAUUGGAAUGUGUUUUAAUAUAAUGUGUGUUGUAUUAUUCAUUCAGCAGCUGUCCAUUAACAUCAGUCAUAUACUGGUCAUAUACUGUGUAGCAUUAUGGUUGAUACAUUGUAAAUGCCUUCACUUCUCAUGUCUAUACAGAUCAACUGAUAGGUGUUGUGGUUCAGGCAUUAUUGUCACAGGUUCAGUAUAAUGUUAUACCGUUACAUGUUACAGAGAUAGAAACAUACAGGAGAGGAUAAUUCAAUUAUUACAAUUAUUUACUUUAUUUUCCUAUUUUGGUCUCCUUAUGUUAUUUUGUUUAAACAUAACUAAUGUAGUCCUUUAGUUUUAUUGUGUUUUUGUGGAAAACCAUUAUUUUUCUUUGAAUCAUCCUGGUAAGAUAUUGCUUUUGUCUUUGUAGCAUAUAGAAUUAAAUAAAUGAAUU